UACUUAAUUGACAGGAGGCAGUCUCUGAAGUUUAGGCUAGCUGUUCUGAAUGUGAAACUUCGGUGGCUGAGAUUUAUUGGUAACUUACGAGCUUUGUGUUUAGGGUUUUUCCGCCUUACACAGUCUGCAGUAUCUCAACUUCUUUUUUAUUGACAAUGUUUGCUAGGGCUAUUACAUUUCAGUUUUCUGACAAAGCUCAUCUUUGGGCUGAGAAGAAUUUGAAACGUGUUUGCCAGUGGCGAUGUUUAGGCCAGUCAUGCUUAAUAGCCAGAUUGUACCAUGAUGACGGUCCUCCUACAAGACCCACCCUGAAGAUCAGCUAUGUCCAUGGAUUAUCGAAUAUCCCUUUGACACCAAUGACAAUGGGUCAGUGUUUGGAGGAGUCAACUAACAAGUUUCCAGACAGAGAAGCUGUGAUUUUUGUACGAGAAGGAAUCAGGAAAACCUUUGCACAGUUAAAUCAUGAUGUAGAUCAGUUGGCUGCUGGACUACUUGCCCUUGGCUUGAAGAAAGGAGAGCGUAUAGGAAUGUGGGGGCCCAACACAUAUGAGUGGAUUCUAUUUCAGUAUGCAACAGCCAAAGCUGGACUUGUUAUGGUUAGUGUGAACCCAGCCUACCAAUCUAAAGAACUGGAGUAUGCCUUGAGUAAGGUUGGCUGUAAGGCCCUUGUAUUUCCCUCCCAGUUCAAAACUCAACGUUACUAUGAAAUUUUGAAAGCAAUCUGUCCAGAAAUGGAGAAAGCAAAUCCAGGAGGGAUACAGUCUUGCAGGUUACCAGAUUUAAAGAUAGCCAUUGUUUUGGAUGGUAAAUUUCCAGGAGCAUUCCAGAUGAAAGAUGUGAUGAAUGCAGGAAGCAGCACAUAUGUCCAGCAGCUUCAUGAUUUGCAGAAGACCUUGUCCUGUGACGACCCUGUCAACAUUCAGUUUACCUCAGGUACAACAGGAAACCCAAAAGGAGCCACACUUACUCACCACAAUAUUGUGAACAAUGCAAAAAUGAUAGGAUACAGAAUGGGCUACCAAUGGAGGAACCUGCGGAUCUGCUUGCCGGUACCUCUGUAUCACUGCUUUGGAGCUGUGGGUGGUGGCAUAGUUAUAUCUGUGUUUGCUGGAACUCUAGUGUUCCCAUCACCAUCAUUUGAAGGCAAGGCAACACUGGAAGCUGUAGAGAAGGAGAAGUGUACUGUUCUGUAUGGCACCCCAACAAUGUUUAUUGACAUGUUGGCCAACUUGGAAAAACAUAAGUGUGAUAUGUCAAGCCUAGAGGCAGGUAUUGUUGCAGCAUCUCCUGUUCCAGUGGAGGUCUUUAAAAAAGUGAUGUCUGAAAUGAAAUUCCAGGAGUUUGUGGUUGGCUAUGGAACAACAGAAAAUAGCCCUGUGACAUUCAUUGGAUUUCCACAAGAUGAAAUUUUGAGGAAGACCGAUACAGUUGGGUAUGUUGGCCCACAUAUUGAGGCCAAAGUUGUAAACACUGCAACCCAGGAGUUACUACCCGUAAACACUACAGGCGAGCUAAUGAUUCGCGGCUAUUGUGUUAUGCAGGGGUACUGGGCUGACCCAGUGAAAACAGCAGAGUGUAUGACUCCAACCCACUGGUACAAGACUGGAGACCUGGCUUCCAUGGAUGAGUAUGGCUAUGUCAAAAUUGUGGGCCGCUGCAAAGAUUUGAUCAUUCGUGGAGGGGAGAACAUUUAUCCUGCAGAGAUUGAACAGUUCCUGCACACCCACCCCAAGAUCCUGGAGGCACAGAUUGUUGGUGUGAAGGAUGAACGGAUGGGAGAAGAAGUUUGUGCUGCUCUGCGUCUGAGGGAAGGACAGGAAUGUACAGCGGAAGAGAUUAAAGCAUUUUGCAAGGGACAGAUAUCACAUUUUAAGAUCCCUCGCUAUGUGGUAUUUGUGAAGAGCUAUCCUCUGACGGUCACUGGCAAGAUUCAGAAAUACAAGCUGAAGGAAGAGAUGGAGAAACAGCUCGGACUGUAACAGUACAAACCUGCAGGAUAUUCAUCAUUAUUAACCAACUGUUUUUCCAGAUACUGCACAAAAAUGCCAUUUGGAUCUUCCCUUAUGCACAAGUUGAUCCUUUUAGUGGCAGUUUAAUAUUUAACAAAAGUUAAGUCAGUCAGCACAUUAGCUUUAAAACUUUGAAUUCAUUUUUCCACUGUUUGACUUAUUUUAAUUACAGUAUCUGAGUUUAGAUGCGAAUGCUGUUAGCUGCUUCUCCAUUUUUGCCCUUGUUUGUCAGAAAAUAAAACUAAAGGAAGUGGAAAUCUGUAGAGAUCUCCGAACUGUUAUCAUUUUAGUCUUGUAAAGGAUACUGAUUUCAAACCUCUCUAGUCACAGUUUUACGUGAUACGAUUGAGAUGGAGAGAGGCAAGUACUAGUGACGGGAUAGAACACAGUAACAGAGAAUGCAAAAAUCAUUUUCAUAAUGCAUAAAACUAAUGCUUUGGAAAAAAUACUACAGAUUGGAUGUAGAAACUACUUUUUGAGGAGCAGGGUAGAUUAAUAGUAAUUAAGUACUAUGAGGCAUUAAUGAGUGAUCAGAGCAGCUGACGUAUAAAUAUUGAAUUACAUUUUAUACACAGUUGGCCAGUCUUUGCAGAGUAAAGAAGUAACGGGAAGAUGAGCCAGAUAUCAGAAAACAUGCCAGUCUAACUUGCAUUAUGUACGGGUGUUAUGAGAUGAGCAGGUGAUGCUAAUGUGUGUAUGAAAGCAGCGAUGCUAAUGUGUGUAUGAAAGCCUGACAUGAUUACUAUGCAUGGCAGCACAAACAAUCUGUUACAGCAGCAACACAACCAGCAGUGCACAAAGUACAGCGGGCAUCUGAGAUUCCUACAUCUUCAUAAGGAGUUGAGCCCUUCCAAUACCCAUGGUGGUUGCCUUACCAGACAUCUCAAAACCAUAAAUGUCUCUGUAGCCUGCAACUUGUAGCUACAUGCAGCACCAUGCUGGUAAUUUUUUGACCUGCUCUUUCUUCCUGACAUGCAUUACCCCUGCUUGCAGUUUCCUGACCUUUCCUUUGACCUUCAUAUUUAGUGUCACACCUUGGUGUGUCAUGUUUUCUGGAUUUCUGGCUGAACUCUUCUUUUGAAUACUGCAGUGAUCAUCUGAUCUGUAAGAACUGCUAAUGUUCUGGACUGGUUGUAAUUAAGUUAAUGGCAGCUGGGCAGAAAAGAGGGUACAUAACUAGUGGGGGGGGCAUUAAGCAUUGUGUUUAAAUGCUUAUUAAAUGUCAUUGGGCAACAGUGCAUUUGAGAAAAUGCUAAACUAUAAGACUAUUAUAACAACGUGUGGCCAUUCAGGUUUUGGAAAUUCUUGAGUCCUAUGUGCCUGCUGGAUGGCUAACACCAUUUGCUCAAGUUCAUUUUCCUCAUACACCAAGUUUGGAAAAAAGCAGUAGCUGUUUCUCCAUUAAUUAGUGAAUCUGUGCCUAGGCAAAUAAGUCUGUGACAACUUAGAUUUUCCCUUUACAGUAUAACAGUUUUGAAUGUUUUGCACAUAAAAAAACCCGGUAAACUGAAGUACUUUAAUUGUGUGGUCUGGUACUUAUUUUCACCAUUUUGUACAAAAAAAUCCAGUAAAAGUGAAGUCAUUUUAA